AUGUCCAAGGAAUACACACUGGAUGAGAUCCGCCGUCUGGCCGACACGAACCCGGAGAAGCUAGCGCAGGAAUACCAGGCUUCACGCGCCGCCACUGCUAAUUUGGUGGACCGUGCUCGCGCUGGUAUUGCUGCACGCUCGGCCAACCCGCCCACGAACAAGUUUAACGCUUGGGCGCAAGGCUAUGGCAACCGCUUUCUUUACAAUGGCAGCGUGAAGCCACUUGUGCACAUGAUGCUCAUUAUCGGCAGUGCCGGCUGCGCUGUCGAAUGGUGGUGCCACCACAGACACGCUUUUGCGGAGAAGAAGGAAGACGAGCACCAUUAA